CUACUAUUAUUUAUGUAGUCACUCUCUCCAGACUCCUAAUAAUAUUAUUAUUAACUUAUUGUAGGCAAGUAAUAAAAAUAAAAAUAAUAAUAACGUGUUGUCCCGUGCUGAUGCCUGACCGCAGCGUCCCUGGCGACAACAAACUCUCGCUGACUUCAUACCCGCCAGCUCCCAAGGCGAACUAAAUCUCCAAGCCGGCUGUGGACCUCGCCCUUUCCCCCCUCCGUCAUCAACUUCCUCCCCAGCUAUCAUCAACGAGGAGUUUGGAUACCCCAAGAUAAACAUCUCCAUUCCCUUUGAUCAUCUCCCUUUCCCUCCUCUCCGUGACGCGUUUCCGCUGGUAGCUCCGGUAUGUUGUCAACCCUUGUGUAAUUGGUGUAAAACCGUCCGAGCGCACCGGACUGAUCCAUUCAAGAGAAAACAGUUCGAGGGAGCGAACACCUACCUACUACCUCUCCCGUCGCCCUCGAAGACCUCGUGAGUGUUCAAGAUGUCGAACGACAAGGCAUACCUGAAGGAUCUGUAUAUCCAACCUCGCAUGGUGAAGAAACCGCCCUUCACCGUCGAGGCCUCCGGUUAUGAAAAGAAGGAAGGAGAGACGAUCCCCCGUCGCAACCCGCUGGCCAAGGACAAGCUGAUCCUGCGCCCGGCCGAAGACGUCGCAACCACAUAUGAUGUGAUCAAGAGAGCGGCCGAGAAGUUUGGAAACGCAAAGGCCGUGGGCACGCGCCGCAUCAUCAAGACCCAUGUCGAGAACAAGAAGGUCAAGAAGAUCGUCGACGGCGUCGAGAAGGAGGUCGACAAGCAGUGGACGUACUUUGAGCUCAGCGGCUACGAGUACAAGAGCUUCAUCGAGUACGAGAAGCUGGCCCUCCAGCUCGGUGCGGGAUUGAGGAAGCUAGGCCUUGGGAAGGGAUCCAAGAUCCACCUCUAUGGUGCAACCAGCGCCCAUUGGCUGGCCAUGUCUCACGCAUCGGCCUCUCAAUCGCUGACCUUUGUGACCGCCUAUGACUCUCUCGGUGAAGAGGGUCUCAAGCACUCCCUGCUGCAGACCGAGAGUGAAGCCAUUUUCCUCGACCCUCAGCUGAUCCCGUCGCUCAAGAACGUUCUGCCGGAUGUCAAGUCCAUCAAGCACGUCAUCUACAACACCGAUACGGAGGCCAAGAAGGAGCACCUGGACCAGCUCAAGGCUGAGUUUGACUACUUGACCAUCAUCAGCAUCGAGGAACUCAGGAAAAUGGGCGAGGAGAACCCCGUUGAUGCCGUGCCCCCGGACCCGGAGGAACUCUGCUGUAUCAUGUACACGUCUGGAUCGACCGGACCCCCCAAGGGAGUCUCCCUGAGUCACAAGAACGUUAUUGCAGCUGUUGCCGGUGUCAACGCCAUCGUGGGUGACUACAUCGGUCCGAAGGACGGACUGCUCACCUAUCUGCCGCAAGCUCACAUCUUGGAAUUCAUGUUCGAGAACCUGUGUCUCUUCUGGGGUGGUACUAUGGGUUACGGAAACCCCAAGACCCUUUCUGAUUCCUCGGUGCGCAACUGCAAGGGUGAUAUUCGCGAGUUCAAGCCCACCAUUCUGGUCGGAGUGCCCGCCGUUUGGGAGUCGGUUAAGAAGGGUGUGUUGAGCAACCUGAACAAGAACAACUUCAUUGUGAAGAACAUGUUCUGGGGCGCACUGGCCGCGAAGAAUUUCUUGCUAUCCACCGGUAUCCCUGGAUCUGGAAUUGGCGCCAACCUUCUCGAUGCGAUCGUGUUCAAGAAGCUCAAGGAGGCUACCGGAGGUCGUCUCCGUAUCACGAUGAACGGAGGUGGUCCCAUUUCCAAAGAGACCCAGAAAUUCCUGUCGCUGGCCAUCGCACCCAUGAUCAGUGGUUACGGGUUGACUGAGACCGCCGCCAUGGGUGCGCUUAACGACCCGUUGGCCUGGAACCCUGAUGCGCUGGGUGAUAUCCCCGCGUCGGUCGAAGUCAAGCUCGUCGACUUCCCGGAAGCUGGCUAUUUCACGAAGAAUGAUCCUCCACAGGGUGAGAUCUUCAUCCGGGGCGGCAGUGUUACCGGUGGUUACUGGAAGAACGAGGAAGAAACGAAGUCCUCGUUUACGGAGGAUGGCUGGUUCAUGACCGGUGACAUCGGCGAGUUCGACAAGUAUGGCCAUCUGAGAAUCAUCGACCGCAAGAAGAACCUGGUGAAGACGCUGAACGGUGAAUACAUUGCUCUGGAGAAACUGGAAUCGGUCUACCGAUCCGCUCCUGUCGUAGCAAACAUUUGCGUGUUCGCUGCAGAGGACCAGACCAAGCCGAUCGCUAUUAUCGUCCCCGUGGAGGCUACUCUGCAGAAGCUCGCCAAGGAGAACGGCAUCCAGGAGGGUACCCUCGAGGCCCUUGUUCACAACGAGCAGCUGAAGUCUAUUGUUCUGAAGACUCUUCAGCAGGCAGGCCGGGCAGGUGGUCUCAAGGGCAUUGAGAUUAUCGACGGUGUCGUCAUGUCUGAUGAGGAGUGGAACCCGCAGAACGGAUUCACGACCGCCGCGCAGAAGCUCCAGCGCAAGAAGAUCAUUUCUCACUUCCAGAAGGACAUUGACCGCGCAUACGGAAAGAACUAGAUUGAACGACCUGAUAUAUCCUACCCGGCGGAUAAGUUGCUUUCUGCCGUUAUAAUACCAAUUACGCAGCAUGUGUUCCUCGCCGCAACAGACAUCCCUUGUAUUUGAAUCUGAUGCGUUAGAAAAUGAGAGUGGCGACGGGUUAUGUGUUGAAGUCCUGUUUUGUACACGUACAGUUUGAGAUUCCCUAAUUCAGAUAGUUAGCGAGUUAUCCAUAGUCUAUUGAUAAUAUUCCAAAAUGUUGGC